CGUUGGGUUAGGUUUCUGGUUUUCAAAAAUCCAACCCAACACGCUGAGUUGCAUUCCCUGGGAGAAGUUCCUCCAUUUGAACUAUUCUUUUUUUUUGGGGCAAACGACCGCAUCUAUUCAUGGAUUCUUCAAUCCUUCGCAGGUCGCAGAAUCGUUGCUCCGAACGAUACGUAUUCGAUUCGAAGUUUCGAACUAAAAAAUGACGGCGCUCUUUGUUGCAGAUGUAAAUCUGUUGAGAGAGAGAGAGGAAAUAACGGAUCCUAAUUCGAUGGUUUAUAGGGAAUACCUGGUUUCACUCCUCAUCUUUCUACGCAGCUAUCUAUAAAUUCGCCACAACCCUAAUAAUGGACAAAUUGGAAAUUAAUGAACAGAAGUUUCCACUCAGUUCGUUGGGUUCCUCCCUUGUCGUUGUUGGGUAGUCAGUCGUUUGGAUAAAUUGAUGUUCUAUCGAGACGCAACGUAACGAGGUGGUGUACUUGGUCAACAAAGAAUUGAAUAAUAUUAAUAAUUUAGUUAGACUUUUAUGAGUUUAUCUCUGAUUUGAAAAAGAUGUGAGAAGCAUCGAAGUCCGAAGAUAUGCACGAGGGGAAAUUGAAAUCUUCCCUUCUGGAUCGUUGAGCGAGCAAACAAGUCAAUAAGGGCAAAAUUUGAUACAGGGCUCUUCUUUCUUCUCUCUCUUCUGAUUAUUUUGAUUGGGUUUUGCGGAUUCUCAUUGUCAUUUCUUUUAAUUCAUGAAGAAGAUUUGCUAGUUUUCGAGGAGGAGAUUGGCUUUGAUGUGGGCUGAUGAAUUGUGAUGAUUGAAGUUCGACUGAGUUGUUUUUCAAGGUUAAUAAUCCCUGGGGUUUCGCUCAUUUGAUUGAACAUUCUCGCACGGAUUUCUGAUUUUCAGAGCUGAGUUUUGGGGAUAUCCUCUCUCCUCACCCUAAAAUCUGACGGAAGAGGUGGGAGUUUGAAUUUAAGCGGAGGAAAGGCAAUUGGGGAAUUUAAAAAAUUCGAUAAUUUAUGUUUAUUAAUAUACAGAUCAUUCGAGAAGCAAUUGAAGCAUAUUAGGGUGUUAAAGUAUCUUUGAUAUAUAGAUACAUGGAGCUUGAGGAAGAAGAGCCGAGUGGCGAAGGCGAGGUAGAGGAAAUGGACCAAGUGAUCUCCAACGGAACUCCCGUCAAGGUAACCCGAACCCAUUUUCCUGGUGCUGUGAGAAAGAAAGCAUAUACAUUUGAUGGGUUGGGGAGUUUCUUCACCAGGGAAUGGGAUCUUGCUGAAGGAAGAGGCAACGAAUUUUGUUGGUAUCAUGUGGAACUUCCAAAGGGAAAUCAGAAACAAGCAUUGUCUGCACAAUACCUUAUUGAUGUCCUUUGCCCUCCUUUGAAACUUCAAGACAUCCUCUCACUUGUCAGUAAUGGGCCCUUUUGUGGGCAUGUUGAUGGAGCACUUGUCUUUAGGGUGAAUUCACCUGGUCCUGCUUCGAGCAAUUUUACUCUUAGAAUUGCUGCAAGAAUAACUGAGAACUCAUUGAUUACUGUGUCUUUGGGUCGUGUUCCCAGAUUGGGAUUCUCCCCAAUGGGUCAAUCUCUUCUUUCAGAAAUCCCUAGUGUGGAGAAUCCCAAUUUGGCUAGAGGAGAGGAGGAGGGGGAUGCCAUUGUAAUUAGGGAACAUGUUCUGGAGUUCCUAUUAACGAUGAAUCAUUCUGAGGAAGCUGAUAAUCCGGUUCCACGCACUCUCUCAAAUCUUGUUAUUCAUGUAAUUGACACACAUGUGGAUCACAUCCAAGACAUAGUGACCAAGCUUGAGAUUGAGUUGGAUGCAGUAGAACUCGAAGUGGAUAAAGGUGGUUUUUCCUUGAAGAAACAAAUGCUGGAUGACAGAAGAUUUCCGAAAAUGCAUCUAAAUUUACAGCGCCUCUUGCAGGUGAUUGCAUAUGGAGAACAAGUGUUUCCACGUGUUAGAGAAAAAUGUUCCACCAAAAGUUGGUUUGGCAGCGAAGACAUUGUUUCUCUUGAAGAGAUGAUUGGACGUUUGAGGAGGCUAAAAGAGAAUGUUGGUUUUAUUGCGAAUCGUGUAACAGCAAUACAAGCUGGCCUUGACAGUUGGCAGGCAGAGCAAAUUAAUAAGAAGCUUUACUACCUAUCCUUCCUUUCAUUGAUAUUCCUUCCUUUGUCCAUCAUCACUGGAGUAUUUGGGAUGAAUGUGGGAGGCGUUCCUUGGACAGGGCAAGAUGACCCUACCAUAAAAGCUGGAUUCCGCAAUGUCAUGAUUCUUUCUGUUGUAGUGCUGCUGCUCUUACUGCUUUGCUUUACUUUCCCUGCAAUCUAUGCCCGUAUAGCUGCUUGGAGGAGACAGAGAGCUCUGAGGAGGAGCUGGUCCCUAAACAGGAAGUCUUUCCUAAAGAGAACGGUAAGAGGUGAAUCUCAAGACAGGGUGGAUGGUUACUCCCGCAUAUGAAGAACUAUACAAGCUUCUUGGUUUGAUUACACUGUUUCUUGAGCAACUUGUAUGGGCUUAGUGCUUCCAGACAACCUUCCUGGACCAGUGGAAAUUUGUCCACCUCAAAUAGAACCACCAGCAGUACAGAUAGACUGAAGCUUCGAAUUGUUUACUGGAGCCUGUCAUUCUUGUCAAGUACUCAUGAAGGGGAGGCUUUCUGUCGAAGAUGCGGCUUGUCCAUUGAAGCUUUUGUAUAAUCUUAAUUCACUUCAUUUUUUUUUUCCUAUAUUAUUCUUUUUGUUGGAUUAGCCGAAUUUGUAGACUGAUUAUAAUCCAAAUACACAUUAACUUGGUAGUUUCAGGCUGAUUUCAAUGGCUUUUAAUAUCCUGUCCCAUUCUCUAGGAUGCAUUUAUGUAACUAGAAAACUCCAUUCAUUGCUUUUGUAUACCAAAUUUGAAUCAGUCAGAUUUUAGAUAUUCUGGAGCAUCUGCAUGAGGAUACAUAUUGAAUUCAAGAAUGAUUGAAAAUAAAUGUAAGGUUGAUGGGAAUUGUUUC